GCUGCGGCCGCCGCGGGCGCACUCGCCGGUAGCAGUGAAAAGGCGGAGGCGGCCGCCGCGCGGGCUCGGCUCGGGUUCCCAGUGCCUGGCCCGCCGCACCCUUCCCGCCUCCCUCACUGGCCAAACUUGAUGUGACCCCAGCCCGACGCGGCAGCCGUCGCUCGCACUGCCCGCUCGCCGCGCCUCGCCCACCUCCCCGCGGGCCGGGCGCAGCUCGCGCUCCGCGUUCCCUUCCCCUCGCCGCCGCCCCCAGCACCAUGAGCACCUUGAAGCCGGACGGCGAGCACAGCACGGGCACCGGUUCCGGCACGGGCGCGGGCUCCGGCGCCGCCCUGGAGGAGGAGGUUCGGACACUGUUCGUCAGCGGCCUCCCUGUGGACAUUAAGCCCAGAGAACUCUACCUGCUCUUCCGGCCGUUCAAGGGCUACGAAGGGUCCCUGAUCAAGCUCACCUCCAGACAGCCUGUCGGCUUCGUGAUCUUUGACAGCAGGGCAGGAGCAGAAGCGGCCAAGAACGCGCUGAAUGGCAUUCGCUUUGAUCCUGAGAACCCGCAGACCCUGAGGCUAGAGUUUGCCAAAGCAAACACCAAGAUGGCCAAGAGCAAGCUCAUGGCGACACCAAAUCCCAGCAGCGUGCACCCCGCCCUCGGCGCGCACUUCAUCGCGCGGGACCCCUAUGACCUGAUGGGGGCUGCUCUGAUCCCUGCGUCCCCAGAGACCUGGGCCCCUUACCCUCUGUACACCACAGAGCUGACCCCAGCCAUCUCACACGCUGCGUUCACCUACCCAGCUGCCACUGCCGCCGCCGCCGCCGCCCUGCACGCUCAGGUGCGCUGGUACCCUUCCUCUGAUACCGCCCAGCAAGGAUGGAAGUACCGCCAGUUCUGUUAGCACUUCUGUCUUGGCACCGGGGAGUUGGUUCUGGGGAUCUGUGUGGUGGGACCCACACAGGCGCCCUGAGCUUCCUCGCACCCCGGGUGGCCAGUGCAGAGCUGCUGCAUCCCUCCAAAGACUGUGAAUCUUAAGCCUGACUCAGUGGACUGCUUCCUGGUUCCUGUCCCUCCUCUUCUGCCCUGUCCUGCCCCCAAGCCUUUCUCCGAGGCCUCCCAGGAGGAUUAGGGGGCCUCCAAGCUGGGGCUCCCAGGCCCAGCUUGGAGGCCCCCCGGGACCCAGCGAAACCUCCGCCUGGAGGAAGCGCGGUGUGUGAUUUUGCAUGUUUUCUAGCAUGGAGUACGACACUUAACACGUGUGUCUGCCAGUGCACAGUUUGUUCUCCCACUGCGUCGCCAUAGCAACAGACCCUGGCCACUUGAUGGUUCAUCAUGCCCGGUCCCCUCCACACCCGACCCCCCACAGCCACCCUGCAACCCACCACUCCCCCCACCACUUCCCAGUCCAACAGCUCCACCCCCACCCCCCAACAAGGCUCCCCACCGGGGUCCUCUGUGCCCCCUUUCUCGGCUGGGCCAAGGACGGUCAGGACCCGCCUUCUCUGCCCACCUUGCCCCUGCCGCCACUCCUCACUCUCUGCAGACCUCGAAACCAAGCAGAACGUGGAAAGUAUUUUUGUACCCUGUGUAGCGAAAUAUUUAUGCAUCAUAAAGGACUUUCCGUGUGUGUGCCAUUAAUUAUUGAAGGGCCCUGGCUCGCCCCGUCAGAUGAGUUCAGUGUUGAGUUCUGAGACACGCGGAGGAAGAGGGUUUGCGUUCCUCGCAGUGUGCCUUUGUUUCUGGGGCUAGUGCAGGAAAACUGUGCAAUGUGACUUUGUUUUGUGAGCGUGGCUGUGCUGCCUGGAGCCGCAGCUGCGCCUCAGGAGCCAGGGCUGUGAUUUCUGAUCCUGUGAGAAUGUGAAACUGGAUAAUAUAUGAAACGCAAAAUAAAAGAAUCCA